UGUGGUUUGCAUUUUUUCAAACUGCUUUUUUCUUAUUAGUGCAACCUUCAAUACUUCUAGGAGUUUCUCCAUUACAGAGCUUAGAUUUCAACACCAUUUUACCUCCUACUCCAAAAGAAUAUGACAAUUUACAGCCACCAAAAGAAAAUGGACGAACGCCAACCACGGUUCGAUUCCAUGUAACGGUGCUUAGCAUCGAUUCUAUUGAUGAAGGCUCUAUGACAUAUGUUGCCGAUAUCUUCAUGUCGCAAAGCUGGAAGGACAACCGUCUGCAACUUCCAGAAAAUAUGACAUCGAAAUAUCGUCUGCUUCCAAUUAGCUGGUUGAAGAAAAUGUGGCGACCGGAUUCAUUCUUUAAAAAUGCCAAAAGAGUCACUUUCCAGGAAAUGACCAUACCUAAUCACUAUAUAUGGCUGUAUAGCGACAAAACCAUUCUAUAUAUGGUGAAAUUGACAUUAGAAUUAUCUUGUGCAAUGAAGUUCGAAGCUUACCCACAUGAUACUCAAACCUGUUCCUUGAAAAUGGAGAGCUUGUCCUAUACCACUGAUGACCUCGUCUUCGAUUGGGAAUCCCAAGUUCCAUUAGUUGUCGAGCCUACAAUUGAGCUUCCUCAACAUAUUUUGGUGGACACUAAACUCGGAGACUGCAUGCAAGAAUAUUCCACAGGUAACUUCACGUGCAUUGAAGUGAUGUUCACUCUUGAGCGCCGUCUCGGCUACUACCUCUUCCACACGUAUAUCCCGACCUGCCUCAUCGUCAUCAUGUCCUGGAUCUCCUUCUGGAUCCGGGCCGACGCCGUCCCAGCCAGGGUCACCCUCUGCGUCACCUCCCUGCUCACCUUGGCCACGCAGCACGCCCAGUCCCAGAAAUCUCUACCCCCGGUCUCCUAUAUUAAGGCCAUCGAUAUCUUCAUGUCCACAUGCACACUGUUCGUGUUCUCCUCUCUCAUGGAGUAUGCCAUCGUCAACAUCGUGAUGGGGCAGGCUGAGGACAGAGAGAGGAUGGCCAACAGCCUGCUCAAUGAUGUGCAACUGAUACGCGUGGAAGGUGAUUCCAGAAUGCCAAAUGGAACCAAGGUGGCUCGAUCCCCUACACUCCAUCGCAGAUCCGAAUCCCUCGAGAGACAAGCUCUCAAAAUAGACAAGUUUUCUCGAAUUGUUUUUCCUGCCCUCUUCGUUGUGCUCAAUGUAGCGUAUUGGUCCUAUUAUCUCAGAUGA